GAAGGGGUUAGUUAGAAGGCAAAGAAGAAAAGGUAAACGGCAGACCCAGCCUGCCAGCCAGCCAGCCAGAACGCGCCCGCGGAACAAGAACAAAAAUCCCCCACGCCGCGCAGCCGAAUUCGCCGUCGGAAUCGAAUCCGUCGAUCAAGGUAGCCGCGGGCGGAAGGAAGGAAGGAAGGGGAUCGGUCGAGAUGGUGAGCGCCUUCUUCGUCUUCUGCGGGUGCGUGGAGCAGGCGAACGUAGCGGUGGUGGAGAAGUGGGGCCGCUUCCUGCGCCUCGCCGAGCCCGGGCUCCACUUCUUCAACCCAUUCGCCGGCGAGUUCGUCGCCGGGACGCUCUCCACCCGCGUCCAGUCCCUCGACGUCCGCGUCGAGACCAAGACCAAGGAUAAUGUAUUUGUCCAGCUGAUCUGUACAAUUCAGUACAGAGUUGUUAAGGAAAAUGCUGAUGAUGCAUUCUACGAGUUGCAGAAUCCCCAACAGCAAAUUCAAUCCUAUGUCUUUGACGUGGUUCGAGCCAUUGUUCCAAGAAUGGAGCUCGACAGUCUUUUUGAGCAGAAGAAUGAGGUAGCCAAAUCUGUACUUGAGGAGCUUGGAAAGGUAAUGUCAGAUUAUGGUUACAGCAUUGAGCACAUUCUGAUGGUUGACAUCAUCCCUGAUGCUGCUGUGCGCAGAGCAAUGAACGACAUAAAUGCAGCCCAAAGGCUUCAGCUUGCAAGCGUCUACAAGGGAGAAGCAGAGAAGAUUCUUAUGGUGAAGAAAGCAGAAGGGGAAGCAGAUGCGAAAUACCUCUCGGGUGUCGGCAUCGCCAAACAGCGGCAGGCGAUCACUGAUGGCCUCAGAGAGAACAUCCUCAACUUCUCGCACACGGUGUCGGGCACCAGCGCGAAGGAGGUCAUGGACCUGAUCAUGGUCACGCAGUACUUUGACACAAUCAAGGAACUCGGGGACAACUCGAAGAACACGACGGUGUUCUUGCCUCACGGCCCGGGCCACGUCAGGGACAUCAGCGACCAGAUCCGGAACGGCGUGAUGGAGGCGUCGAGCAGCAAUGUUUGAGAAACUGGCUGUUUGCCGUGUGUGUGGGGUUUAUUUCGUUCUCUGCUGUGAGAUGGGGAGAGGCUGCUUAUGUUAGACUAGUAGACUUAUUAUCAUUAGUUCAUAAUAAAUUAAUAACGGGUGCUAGGACUUGGAGUUGUACACGUUCAUGGAAGAUUGUUGAGUUUUGAUAUAUAUAAUCAUACGGGUAAAGCAUUUUUGUGUUAAAAUUUGCA